AUGUAUUUAUAUUUUCUUUGUUCUUUCAAGAGUAUAUUUUGUAAAUGUUUAAGUAAUGUUUGUAUUCUACGUGAACCUAUAAUUAUCAGAAGUGAUCGAUUAUUGGCAAUACAAGAAAUUAAAGGGGAAUCGAAUAAAGUGGAAUUAGAAAACAAUUUGUCAAGCAAUGUGGAUGAUAGUAAAUUAAAAAAAAGUGCAAUAAAUGUAUCAUUGAAUAAAAACAUUAAAAAGGUAUCCAAUAAGAAUUCCAAGAGACGCAAAAGUGGUUAUAACCGAACAUAUAUUGUAAACAAAAGAUUAUUAAAAAUAUCUUAUAUCUACAACUACAUAAAAUCAAUCGAUUAUUCCAUUAAAGAUGUAGUACUGGGACAUUCUGAAAAAUCAGAUAAUCAUAAUUUUAAUGAAGUUAUUACAAAAAAAACUAUAGAAAAAAUGUUAUGUAAAGAUUACAUAUUAAUAAAUUCUACUCCAUUAUCUGCAAAACUGAGUAAUACACUAUUUUCUAUUUUUGAAGAUAUUAAUAAUGAUAUUGCUAUAAAAUCCGUACAUUUUGCUUUAGUUAUUAUUUUUACGCACAAGUACAGUAAUUCAACGUAUGGAAUGAAUAAAUCAUUAGACUCAUUGAUAUUUCUUACACUAAUGAUUACUUGUUUAUCACAAAUUUUAUAUACUCUCGGAGAAUACAUGAUUAGAAAUAAGUACGAAAACAUAAUAUUGGAGAAAAAAAGAGAAAUUAAAGAGAAAUACGAGAUAAAAGCAAAUGAGAAAAAAGAAAUUAAACAAAAAAAAAAGGAAGACAAGGCGGAGAAAAAAAAACAGAAAAUAGAGAAAUUAAAAGAUUUAGAAACUUACAUAAAUGAGUAUAAUGAUAGGUAUGCUAAAAGGAUAGGAUUAGGAAAGAUGGACUGUUAUUGUGAAAAAAAAAUAUUCGAUGCAAUAGACAAAAUUGAUAAAGCAGGUAAAAAUGAUAAUAAAAAACUAAAGAAAAAAAUACAUUCGAAAUACGGAUUUUGUUUUGUUACUACAUGUUUAAUUCCAUUACUUGGAGUAAUUCUUCCAGUAUUAGAUAAGAUUACAGGUAUGAAACUUAAUGCUAAUUUGAAAGUUAUAUAA